AUGUCUCAGAGUUCUCCCUCAAAGAAAUCGUCUCCUCCCUCUGGAACAGCAUCAGGAUCUAGGGCACCAAAUGUGGUGAGUGAUCAAGAUGUUGUGUUGAAUGUUGUGCCAUUGAACACUGUUCCUGCUACCGAUCCUGAUGAUGUUGAGACAUCUGUUGAUAACAAUGAUGAGACCCCUGGUGCCAAAGAUGUUGAGACAUCUGAAGCUAUCAAUGUUGAAACAUCUGGUACUAAAGAUGCUGAGGUUCUUGAACCUGAGAAAGCUGAAGAGGUUCCUGUUGCUCCUUCUAAAGAAACUCUUAAUGAAGGCCCUACUGUGCAUGAUGUGGUGAAUCUGGAUGAUCUGGAUGAUUCUAUUGACAUUGCUGAUGAUGAGCUCAUCUCUAGCAUCUCUCAUAGAGUCAAGACUCGUAAGGGCAAACAGGUUUGUGAUCAAGAUUUCUCCAAACCUCAAGUUACUCAUCAAAAGAAGGUCACUAUAAAGAAGAUCAAGAAGGUCCUUGCUGAACCUUCAACCACUGGGAGCAAGAUUGAUGUGAAGAAGAGGAAGGAAAGAAGUGUUUCUGCCCCUGAAGACGAUGUCUUAAGUGAUGUCCCUGACAUCCCAUCAAAGAAGAAGAUUGCUGUCACAAAAUCCUCCACAAAGGAAUUUAUUGUGAAUUUGUCUCAAGAUUGUGGUGAUGGAAGAACUGAUGAUUUUGAUAAGGUGUAUGUUAGAAGAAAGUGUAUAGAUUUUUCCCCUGCUGUUAUCAACCUAUAUCUAGGUAGAGAUGUUGAGGCUCAACCUGAGCUUGAAGUAACUGACAAUGAAGUAUGCAAUGUUAUCACUGGUGGUAAGGUCAAGAAAUGGCCCAUAAAGAGUAAAUUGUCUACUAGUCUUUUGAAUGGCAGGUAUGCCUUGCUGCACAAAAUUGGUGCUGCAAACUGGGUGCCUACCAAUCACACUUCUACCAUUGCUGUUGGCCUAGGUAAAUUCAUUUAUGCAGUGGGAACCAAGACAAAAUUUGACUAUGGGACCUACAUAUUUGAUCAAACUAUGAGGCAUGCUGGUACCUCUGCUACCAAGCUCCCCAUUGCAUUCCCAUCCCUGAUAUGUGGGAUAAUCCUCAAGCAACACCCUAGAAUUCUGAAAAGUAAAGAUUCUGUAUGUAAAACGGAGAGUGCUUUGUCUUUUCACUACAAGCUGCUCCAGAGGUCUAAUGACAUGACAUCUGCUGGGACAUCACAACCCAGCAAGUCUGUGAACAAAGCCCUUCUUAUUGCUGAGCUGAAAGAGACUUGUAAGGAGUUGGACAACAGGAAGAUGAAGCUUGAAAAGCUCAUCCAAAGUCUUGAGCAGUCUACAGAUGAUGAUCUUGUUGGUGGAAGGGAUGGUGACAAUAUGGAUGAAGAUAAAGGUGCUGAUAGUGGGGCUGAGGAAGAGGCUGAGGAUGGUGAGGGCUCUGAGGAUACUGGGAGUAGUGAUGCUGAUGAAGAGACUAGUAGCUCAAGUGAUGACAAUACUGGUGGCUCUAGUGAUGAAGACAAUGAUGGGUCUGAUGAUUAG